GCCUCAUUGCAGAGACACCACACACCCUCUGCUCUUAAAAACUGCCACUAUUCCCCCAACCUCUAAACGACGCUACUCCAUCUCCACACCUGCUCUCUCUCUCUCUCUCUCACACACACACACACAUGUAUAUGCAUUUCUAGACUAUUCUUUUUGGACUCGUGUUGACAAUGGAAGUCGAGACUCAAGUGCUAAAACCACCAUUCUCUCCCUCCGUCCUAAGUUUAACCACAGGUACCACCGACGCCCAAUCGCAACGGGAGAUCGCACCGGUGUCAAGUGCGGCCGCGAUGAGGGUGCAGAAGGUAUAUAGGAGUUAUCGCACCAGGCGAAUGUUAGCGGACUCGGCCGUCGUAGCCGAAGAGCUCUGGUGGCAAGCGAUAGACUAUGCUCGAUUGAAUCACAGUACAAUUUCAUACUUCUACCAACCAGAGACUGCGGCUUCCCGCUGGAAUCGAAUCAGCUUGAAUGCUUCCAAGGUUGGUAAGGGUUUGUCCAAGGACGCCAAAGCACAAAAACUGGCUUUCCAACACUGGAUUGAAGCAAUUGAUCCAAGGCAUCGUUAUGGGCAUUACUUGCAUCUGUAUUACGAAGAGUGGUGUAAAACAGAUGCUGGUCAGCCAUUCUUCUAUUGGUUGGAUCUCGGAGAUGGAAUGGAUGUUGAACUUAUAGAAUGUCCAAGAUCAAAGCUUCGGCAACAGUGCAUCACAUAUCUUGGACCUCAAGAGAGAGAAAAUUACGAAUAUAUUGUUGUGGAGGGGAAAAUAGUGCACAAGCAAAGUGGAAAUUUUCUUGAUACAACCAAAGGAAAGCCAGGUGCAAAAUGGAUAUUUGUGAUGAGCACCUCCAAGAAACUUUAUGCUGGUCAGAAAAAGAAAGGAAUCUUUCACCAUUCCAGCUUCCUUGCUGGUGGUGCAACAUUGACUGCUGGAAGGCUUGCCGCAGACGAUGGAACACUGAAGUCUAUAUCACCAUACAGUGGACAUUACAGGCCGACUGAUGACAGCCUCGACAGUUUUCUCUCAUUUCUCAAGCAAAAUGGAGUUGACCUUGACAGGGUUGCAAUACGCAAGGCGAAUGAUGAUUAUGAGAACUACGAAGAGAGCAAACCGAAGAAAGAAGAGAUUACAUCUGAAUUUUCAACAUAUUCAGAAUCUCCUCAACCUGUUAAUUCCAUAGAAGAGGAAUCUUUGGAACCGCCUGUGACUUCCCAAACUGAAACAAAAAACAACUACGAAAGGACCCUAUCCGGUGGACUUCGGAGCGCGAGAGCUGAGGUGCCUGAAAAAGCAAUAUUGCAAAGAAUAAACUCAAAAAAGGCAGCCAGUUCAUAUCAGUUAGGCCAUCAACUAUCGCGAACAUGGUCAACCGGUGCUGGUCCUAGAAUCGGUUGUGUCGCUGAUUAUCCGGUUGAACUGAGGUUACAGGCCCUUGCGUUAGUUAACCUCUCUCCAAGAACUCCUCCAACACACCGGUGGAUGGCUGGUCUUGCAUCACCCACAACCAUUCCUGAAUCGAUCUCUGCUGUCUGAAUCUGUAUAUUUCUUGUCAUCUACUACAAUUUCUCAUGCUUUCUGCUUGUAGUGGAUGCAAGUUCCUUAAGUCUAUGUCACUUGAGUUCUUUUAAGCUAUUAAUGUCAUCCUUAUUUCAUCAUCUCA